UAUCGGCUGAACCGGCUCUGACGCCUUUUGGGAGAAGCUGGAUAGCUUGCCUUGAACCAGUGGCCCCAGCAGCAGCGAUCACCCACAGGGUCUCUCACUCUGGAAGAUGCAGAGGGCAGUGGACACAACACUUCCGAACCGAACAUGAGAUGCUGACGGCAGGUCAGAAUGGCUGUGAGAAGGAGCAACACUCCAUCAUACCUACAUCCAAGCUGGUUAUGCUCUACUGCACCGGAGGGGCAAAAGGAGCAGCAACUCAGCCU